AUGCUCAGUCAUCCAGUCGAAUCAAAGAGAAACAUCUUGAAACACACACACACACUCACACGCAUCAAUGAAGGCAAAACAAGAAAUCGAUUUCGCCUGAUAGGCCUGGUGUUCCAGACCCCGGGGCCGGGGGCCUACAGCCCAGAGAAGGCUCCACCUGUCAACGCUCAACUCAGAACCCCAUCCUACACCAUCAGCUCUCGCACCAGAUACCGCUCUGUGGAUCCGGUGCCUGCGCCCAACACCUACAGUCUGCCUAAUCUUCUGGGCCGCCAGGCUCCCAAUAAACCCUCCAGUGCAAGCUACAGCUUCUCAGGCCGGAGGAAGGUCGGAGGUCCCUCUGAAGACCUCUCUAAGAGUCCUGGACCGGCAAGAUACGGACGCACAAACCCAGACGUUUACCACCAGCGCCAGCCCUCCUUCUCCAUUCAGAAACGGACUAAAAGACCCAAUUAUUUCUCAGCCACCCCCGGGCCCGGCUCGUACAGCCCCGAGAAGUUCCAUUCGCAUCUCCCCAAACCACCGUCCUUCAGCCUGGGUGUCAGACACUCAGAGUUUGUCACGCCACUGGUGGUGGAUGUUGUUGACUGACAAAAACGCCUUGUGUUUAUUACAUUUUUC